CGGCGAGAGCAUCGUGGGGUCGAAGAAAGAUGCGGAAUAUCCCUCCGCAUCUCCCUCCCUCCCUCUUUUCAUAAUUUAGAUUUUUGGGUUAUUUAAAAACGAUGCUCUCUCCCUCCCUCCCUGCCUCGUAUAGCCAUUCAUCCUACACAUACACAGAUAGAUGAUGAGGGUGAGAGGAAUCAUGGGCCAUCAUCAUGGUGGUUGGUGGACGGGCAUGGUCGUGUGGUUCGUAUGCGUGGCGGUGGUGGCGAGGGGAGAGCUGGAGAGGUUCGUGGAGGCGCCGAAGAACGAUGGGUCCGUCAGUUUCCUGGUGCUGGGGGAUUGGGGCCGCCGUGGUUCCUUCAACCAGUCCCUCGUCGCCCUUCAGAUGGGGAGGAUAGGGGAAAAGCUGGGGAUAGGAUUCGUGGUGUCGACGGGAGACAAUUUCUACGACAACGGGCUGACGAACGAGAACGACCCCAACUUCCAAGACUCCUUCUCCCGCAUCUACACUUGCCCCAGCCUCCGCAAACCCUGGUACACCGUUUUGGGGAACCACGACUACAGAGGUGAUGCCGAGGCUCAGCUCAGCUAUCUUCUCAGGAACAUCGACGACCGUUGGAUCUGCCUUCGCUCUUUCGUCGUCGAUGUCGAACUGGUCGAGCUAUUCUUCGUGGACACGACGCCAUUCGUGGACGAAUACUUCACGGAUCCGGACGGCCACACUUACGACUGGCGAGCCAUCGUCCCGUCCCGGAAGGCAUACAUCGACACUCUCCUUCACGAUCUAGGAGACGCGCUCGACAAAUCGAAGGCCGGAUGGAAGGUCGUGGUCGGACACCAUGCCAUCAGAAGCAUCGGACACCACGGAGACACAGAGGAACUGAUCCAUCACCUCCUCCCCGUCCUAAAGGAGAAGGGAGUGGACAUGUACAUGAACGGGCACGACCACUGCCUCGAACACAUAAGCGACGGAGACAGUCCCGUUCAGUUCCUGACGAGCGGGGCUGGGUCCAAGGCAUGGAGGGGGGACAUCAAAGAAGAAACCAAGUCGGAGGAGACAGUGAGGUUCUACCAUGACGGCCAGGGCUUCAUGUCUGCUCGUUUCACCCGCUCUGACGCCGAGAUUGUCUUCUACGAUGUCUUUGGAGAGGUAUUGCACCGAUGGGUCACUUCCAAGCCACUUCUUCAUUCCACCUUCUAAGAAACACACUCUAGUCUAGUCUUUGUUGUUGUACUACAGAGUGUCAUACACCGAGAGAGCUCUAUGAUUGAUAUAUAUAUACAUAUAUAUAUAUAUAUAUAUGCCCUUGUUCUUGUAGUGGUAGUGGCGAGUGAAUGUAUCACGUUUUGUCUAUGGGUUUAGGGUUUAUUGUCUGUCA